CAAGUCCAACAGUUAUAAACGAAACUCUAAUGAGGAAAGUGCACGAUAGAAACGAGGUAAAUAAUUGUAUGUGAAAAAAGGUAGUAAACAACAAAAACAAGUGCUAACAAAACGCAAUAGCAGUGUACAUGUGUGUGCAAAAAGCCAAACAGGUCCAUUAGUUGAAAUAGCCCUUGAUGUAAACUGCUAAAUGUGAACGUGUUUACCUGCCUGCUGUCUGUCUCAAACUCUUUAUCACAACACUUAAGUGCCAAACUGUGAUAGAAACACAAUAAAAACAAAGUUAUUAGAAAGUAAAAACCAAACGGCCGUAAAUAAUUAAAAACAUUAACACUUCAGAAUAUCGGAUUGAUAGUUAAAUUGAAAAGGCGUAGUGACAAUUUAAACGCAACGAAAAUGCAUAUGAGACACGGCUGCACUUCGACGCCCUUACUGCUGUGGCUGACCGUCAUCACAUUCUCCGUGCUGUACAACAAUAUUGCAUGCAUAGAAAUUCCAACACGUUUCCUAUACAAGCGCAGCGCUGACGCGGAUAACACAGCGGCGACUGCCGAUGCAGGUGAGCGGGCGCGGACGGACAGCACAAGUGAUGAGAAUAUGUUAACCUUCUACAAAGAGCUGGCCAAUGUGACGGAUGUAGAGGACUUAAUAGAACGCUUCGUAGAUAAGGAUAGCAUUGAUCCUCAGCUUGGCUUGCAAGACACCUUCAGACGUAGUGUGGAGCGCGCUAAUGUAGUACAAGCUAAGUCAGCUGCUUGCAUGCCCGAGAACACCGUUGUGCCGCUCAUACCGCUGGAGUCCUCGAAUGAUCCAAAAAUCGACUAUUUUCCCAAGUGUACUCGUGUGAAGCGCUGCGGCGGCUGCUGUGGCUCCCAACUGAUGUCGUGUCAACCUGCCGAGACGGAGACAAUCAACUUUGAGGUGAUUCCUUUUGAAGUGGUCGGUGGCAGAAAAAUGCGCCUUCGUGGCAAGGAUAUUGUCGUAGUCGAACAGCACACGAAAUGUAAAUGCGACUGUCGCAUUAAGGCGGAGGUAGGUAGUCGGGACUGUAAGCAAUAUCAGAGAUAUCGGCCGGACAAGUGCAGCUGUGAGUGUACAAAUGACGAUGCGUUGCAGAAAUGUUUAGAUCAAGGACACAAAUACUGGGAUGAAACGGAAUGCCGUUGUGUCUGCCGCGACAGCCAGUCCUGUACGACCGGCACGAUAUUUGACGACAGUCAAUGUGCCUGUAUCGAUAACACUGACAAUGGCAGCAACGCUAAAAGUGCAAGUUCUAACUCACCGACACUGCUCGAUCGCCGGCGUUUCAUAGUCAAGGCCAUCCCCGUUGAGGUGAAACCGGAUGAUAGCACACGUUAUUCUGUCUAAAACUGCAAAGAAAGCGCAAAGCUAAAAAAAAUAAAGGAAAGAAAGAAAAUUGAAGAGGAGAUAAAUAAGGAAAUAAUGGGAAAGAAUUGAAAUAGAGGAAAAAAGCAAGUAAAGAGAGGAUAAAGGAGACGACAAAAAAAGAAAAAACAACAAGUGUGAGGCAGUAGUACGAGUAUGAAUUUAAUGCAUGUUCUAGUGUAAAUAAAAUAAAAAUAAUUUAAUAUUCAGUAUUCGUUAAUUGCAAGUUUUUAGGUUUAAAAAAUACUAUACGCAUGUUUCUACCACCUACUUACAUACAUUUUUUAUGUGCAUAUGUAUAAAUGUAAAUUGAUAUACAGUAUUGUGCAAGAUAUAAGCAACUGGCGAGAUCAUAAUUAUUGUGUUGCUUUAUUUUCGGAAGAAAUAUAAAUAAUUUAAUUAGUAUUUACUAAAAUCAUUAAUAUAAAUUAAAUUUAUAAUUUUUUUCUUUAAUUAAUUUUCAAAAAAUCUAAAAAUGUUAGUUUUUCCGAUAGCACCAUAACCUUUUUAAGGGGUCAUAUACAUUUACAAGGGCGAAAAAAGCAAUUUUCUCAGAAUUUUUUCUGAAAAAUUUUUAAAUUCAUUGAUGCAAAAAUUUGUACACAUAUUAUGGUAUCUCCUAACUGUAUUUUAAGACAUAGUAUUACUAGCUGCUGUCAAAAAAUACGUUUGCGGUGACUACUAUAACGCUGAAGUGGAUCCUCUGAAAUUAAAAAAAAACCAAGAUUUCGUUAAAGCAAUAUCAAAUCUAGUCAUAAAUCGAAAGAAUAAGAAAAAUAAAACUUUAUGACAAAAAAUGGUUUCUAAAAAAGAUACCAUGGAAACAAAACAAAAUUUUACAUUAAAUAAUCAUUUCAAAAGCAUCGAUUUCAAAGAAAUUAGAAAAACAAUUUCAAAUGCUAAUCAUUAAGCGGCCCAGUUGCACAUGCCUUGCACAGUACUGUAUUGUUUGUAAAGCCGUAAAAUAUCUGUGGAAUGUCACAAAUAUG